UUCAUCCGGUUCAGUUCCGGUCCCACGUGAUUUAUUUAGAUUUUAUUUUCGCUGCGGCAUAAAAUGUGAACUACCCGUCACCUUCGUCAUGUCAAACGGCCGUUAAAGAUGUGGAGAACAUAUAAAUAAUUCCAAAACAUUAAAACUCAUUGGUUCGAGUAUGGCCAGUGAUGCACGCUUUUAUAAAGAUCAAGUAACGACAAGUAACGAAACAACUCAACUCCAAUAUGCCGAAUCAACUGAAAAACUGAAUGUAUCGACCACUAGACAUUUACUUUAUAAAGACAAGAAAAAAGACAUUUACUCCAAUCGCUUAGGAAUUAGUUACACUGUGAACAUCAAAAAAUACGAGCAGACACAACAUAAAGACACCAACAACCGUCACAUGAACAUUUUUAACCACAAUGAACACUACCACGAGGUACACCUGGCGACCUACGAAUCUACCAUCGUGACACUUAUAACAUUAAUCUUUUUGAAUACAAGAUCAAGCGAUCAUCAACGCCCGGACGUAUUUUUAAGACGCACACCUCCUCCGGACAACGAUUCUAAUACCACCAUGAGUGAUAUAUCUGAUAUCUCUGCCGCUGAAUCGGUAGACACAGUCAUCUAUCCGCCGACUCUGGCGCGUGAAUAAUUCAAAUUCCCACACUACAAAAACAAUAACGGACCCUUAAUAAUAUGUAUCGUUCUGCAUCUGACAGUAUUUACGUGUAGUAUCAUUAGAUAAAAGAAAAAUGCGGACUAUUAGUUUAUGUUUGAACUCCUUUUAUAUAACAUUUGUUCGCUUACUAACUAGUUGAUUACAUCUCAUUUUUUCUCUCUU